AUGUCAGCUGGAAUCCUAGGCUUUUUGAGUUUCCACUUUCCGAGGAGGUCGAUCCCAUCAAAAGAACAGAGAGGAAGUAAGACGGCUGCGGUGAGUGAGGAUACUACUAAUUUGCUGGAUACGGUGAAAGUGUUCGACUUGAAUGGAAAUGGAAUUCCCAUUUCCGAUUUAUGGGAAAAUAGGAAAGCUGUGGUUGCAUUUGCCCGUCAUUUUGGGUGUGUUCUAUGUCGGAAAAGGGCGGAUUAUCUUGCAGCAGAGAAGGAUAAGAUGGAUGCUGCUGGUGUGGCACUUGUGUUAAUUGGACCUGGCAGUGUUGAUCAGGCAAGAGCGUUCUUCAACCAAACAAAAUUCAAAGGCAAAGUAUAUGCAGAUCCAAGCUAUUCAUCAUAUGAAGCUUUGAGAUUUGUCUCUGGUGUUUCCACCACAUUUACACCUGGGGCAGGUCUGAAAAUUAUACAAGCAUACAUGGAAGGAUACCGACAAGACUGGGAGCUUUCCUUUGAAAAGGACACCAGAACAAGAGGUGGCUGGCAGCAAGGUGGAGUCAUUGUUGCAGGUCCUGGUAAAAAUAAUAUCUCAUAUAUCCACAAGGACAAAGAAGCAGGGGAUGAUCCAGAUAUAGAAGAUAUCUUGAAGGUGUGUUGCUUGCAAGGCAACUGA